CAAGAACAUAUUAGCUAAAAUGAUCCAUAGGCGAGGUUAUGUCCAUGACAUGAUGUGCAUUUCUGAAUCUAGGAACAGGUAGAGUAAAGUGAGAGGGAGAAAGAAGAGCUGGUCAUGGAGAUAGAGCAACUGAAAGAGCAACAUGAGACUCUGAGAAGUGUCCUGAAGGAGCAACAGCAAGAGAUUGAUCGCCUCAAGUCUCUGACCACUAUUCCUGAGAAAUAUGAACGAGCAUUGAUCAAGAUCCAACAGCUGAAGAAGGAGCAAGAGGAGUUGAAAGGAAAGGUUGAGGUCCAAAGUGUGGAGAUUGCACAGCUGACCCCAAGGCUCAAAUCUGAGCAGGASACCCGCAGACUGAAGGAUUACAUUCAGCUUCUACAGGAGGCUCGGACACAGUUGCACCAGGAGCAGCAGGCUUGCAACAAUACCCGCAGACGUGCAGAGAAAGCCGAGAMGGAACUGGAGGAGGUCUAUGAGCGCAUGGAGAGCACUUCCAUGACGUCUGCUCAGACCAAGCAGAAGAGCAGCAAACUAGAGAUGCAACUUUUAGAGUUACGCAGAAUCAUUGAGGAAAAAGAAAACAUAGCAGAGAUGGCUAAAGUAGAAAAUGAGGAGUUAUCCAGAGAAAAUCAGGACCUCAGAAGAGAUAUUGAGAGACUUCGCAAGGAGUUCACUGACCUCCAAGCUGCUCCAGUGUCCUUGGAGCAUCCCAGCCCUUAUGGCUCUCCAACUGACCCRYCCCCCACUGAGGAGCAGCAGCUAGAUGUACUAUCUGCCGGUCUCCCCUCUGGGAACCACUAUGAGACCCCAGAAACUGCUCCAAACUCCGAGGAGGAAGAGUUGUGCUUGCAGUGUCGUCACUGCCAUGAGUGGUUCCCUGGCAUCACCCAGGAUGAGCUGGAGCUGCACGAGGACAGCCACAGUGUGUGCCCCUACUGCACCCUCAUCUGUGAUGGAGUGGAGCAUGCUAUAUUUGAAGACCACGUCUUCAGCCAUGAGGUGUAGAGAUGCCACAUCCUCACAACCCAUCAUAUAGAGAGUUGCUGAGAGUAG